GCUGCUGAUGCUCUCACACAUAUCACAGACCAUCUAUCUCGCCUUCUUCUCUUCAUCUCUUCCCAUCGAACUCCAAAUCAAUCCAGUGGCAAGUGUAGUUCAUUCGAAGAAGCCGGUUCUCUCUGAUCUGCUUCUUCAAGUUCAGAUUGGGGUUUGUGUAAUAAAUUCCAUUUGUUGAUGAAUCGUGCCGAUUGGGUUACAAAUUAUGCAGUGUCAAGUAUAGCAGCAGCAACUACACCAUCCACAGUCCAGUAGAGCAUCAGCAAGUGAAGGGGUAUUUGGGAUUAAGGUGUUGAGAGGGAGAGAACUGGAAGGGGAAAAUGAGGAAAGAAAAUGAGAUGGAAGAGUAGAGUGACAAUUCGAUUGGGUCCUCAACCAUAGACACAGUUCAGAAUGGCUCUGAGGAAGAACAGAGAAUGGCAAAACUUCUUGAUCAGAGGACUGAUGGGGUGUUCUCGAUCCUACAGUUGGGAUUCGAAGGUGGAUCUGAAGAAGCUCCGUCCGAUGAUUCUGAAGAGGAUUGAGGAUAGGGCCAAGGACUAUCCGGUAAAAGCCAUGGUUCCUGUCGCCCUAGACGUCCUCAAGGCCAGAACCCUCCUCAUUCGAGGCGUCUCCACCCUUCUCAAAGGCUUCCCAAUCUGGGCCUGCAGAUUUUGUCCAGAAGUAUAUAUUGGCGAGGAAGGCCAUUUAAUUAAGACAUGUGGUGGUUACAAGCGUCGUUCCAAGAACCACAUUCAUGAAUGGAUCAGUGGUAGCUUGAAUGAUGUGCUCGUACCUGUAGAAACAUUUCACCUUGAUAACAUGUUCCAAGGAGUAAUCAAACACAACCAAAGAUUUGAUUUUGACCGUGUACCUGCUGUAGUUGAGCUUUGCUGGCAGGCAGGGGCUGAUCAGUAUGCUGAAAGUCUAUGCUCUAGUAGUUGGAAUUCAGAUAAUAUUGUGGGUGAUGUUACUGGUGCAGAGUCUUUGUCACCUGAUGAUCUUAGGUUGAUAGCAAAUGGAACUUUGAGGGCAUGGGAGACAGUUAGAUCUGGGGUGCAAAAGUUAUUGUUGGCUUAUCCAGCAAAGGUUUGUAAAUAUUGUUCUGAAGUUCAUGUGGGGCCAUCUGGGCACAAAGCUCGGCUUUGUGGGGUGUUUAAGUAUGAGAGUUGGCGAGGCAACCACUUCUGGAAGAAGGCAGAGGUGGAUGAUUUGGUGCCUCCGAAGGUUGUGUGGUGCCGGCGGCCUCAGGAUCCUUUGGUUCUUGUAAAUGAAGGGCGGGAUUUUUAUGGGCAUGCCCCUGCUGUGGUCGAUCUGUGCACGAAGUUUGGUGUUGUUGCACCAUCAAAGUAUGCUUGCAUGAUGAAAGUGAUGGGUUUAUCAGCACCACCAGUAUGAGUCAAAAAAAUUUAUACUCUGUUCGUUGCAUUUUCAGUGGGGUUGCUUCAAGACAAUUCAAUUUCAAUCCAGAAUGUUCCAGUGAAGUCUUGCAGUUUUCAUUUUCAAGCUGGGUUCUAAUCAACUCUCUUGUUCAUAUGGCUGAAGGUUUUCUGGUACGUCUCACUCAUUGGUGCAUUAGCUCUGCAUUUAGCCAGAAAGUAUGUUAGUAGACUCGGGUGUUCAGUUUAGAUCUCUCUCUCUCUCUCUCUAUGGUAAUUUAGGUUUUCUAAAUCCCAUCUGUAUGCAUUUUUUCUUUAUCUCUUUCUUCCAGCACCUUUAUAGAAGGAACAUACACUAGAUAAGCAGAUAUUGUCCAUCUCUUAGGGCUUGUUUGGAAAGUGUUACGAUAUUAUUUUUCUGAUAUUGGUAUUCAAAUUUGAGCC